GGGCUGAUAAGAUUACCCCGUCUAACCACCCAGUGUAACAAAAAAGUCCGUUAUCAUGACCGGUGUUAAUUCAUCAUCGUGAAAAGAUUCUUUGGUGGGUGGAGUUAUACGACAAUGGAGGGAAAGCAGUCACUAUCCGUCCUGAUAUUGCUGUCAAUUGCAAACACUUUAUAUGCUCUUCCAUAUUGUAUACCGAACCACGGUUCUCCAGCUCCCAAUGCGCCACCUUUUCCAGUAUUGCCCGACACUUUCCAAUCCCGAGUGGAGGCCAACAUAAUCGAUAAAAAGAUGACGGUGUCUGCCCAGGAGUACUUUGACAACCGAAACGACAGGGCCACUUUGAUUACGGUGUCAGAAGGCAGUACGCCGGAUACAUUUAUAUACGAUUAUUCCCACGACCAGCUCUUUUACGUUUAUGAGGGACAAUGUCAAACAAAUAAUUUAUUAAAUGACCCAAAUAACUAUCUAUUUGGUAACAAGAUGAAGAAUGGAAUAGCUCACACAUUUUCCACCAACGGCGCCUUGCAUUUUUUGAAGGAUAACCAGACGUAUAUGGGGAAAACAAUCGUAAGAGGAAUAAACGCAGAUCAUUGGCGUGCGUGUUUGGUAUGGUCGAAGCCUAAUGCCACCUUCACUCUAGAUUAUUACUUUACGGCUCUAGAUUGGAUCAAUCCGGUGGGAUUUCAACAACUUCCACUCAAAGCCGAGGCAAUCGGAAUAAAAAUAUUCAAUGAAACAUCGCAAGUACUGUUUCAUCAUAUAUAUAACUACUACGAAUUCAGAGUGGAUCUAACAGUCGAUGAUACAAUUUUUCAGACACCUCCGGGAGUUUACUGUGCGAACCGAAAAAAGACGAGGAAUAUGACAAGAAUCCUGGACUCCCAGGUGUAUCAGUACAGACUGGAGAUCGUGUCAGACGACGAGGCUACCGUGCGAACAAGCAUUGUUUAUUAUAAUGGUGUAUUGAAACUAGUGCGUUAUGACUACAAGAAUAUGGCGAACACACCUCCCACCUACACUCAGAACCCUUUAUCCGAAGUACACGAUUACAGCGCCGGUGUGCGGUAUAUUAAGGACUUGGUGGUUGGCAACUGUUCCAUUUUUCCUUUGAGUAAUGGUUCAAUGGACAGCUUGGAAGCACAUGAAACCUAUUAUGGCAACGGAACUGAAAAAUCCGGAUAUUCCCUACACAUGAAGAACCCACUACAAUUCUUGAAACUAGACAGCAACUAUGAUUAUGUUGGUCAGAGGCGCUGUCGUGGUGAUGCUAUGUGCGAUGUUUUUAGUGGUAUUCGUUCUGAUUACAAAGACUCGAAUGGAUUCAUAAGAAACGCCACAUUCGACUACUAUUUUCUUUCAGACGAAUAUUCAGAACUUCCAGUUCACAGUUCCAGUUAUGAUCCAGCUGGCAUCCCAUUUCAACUACUAGUAACUGUAUUAGGCACUGGAGGCUUCCCUGAUUACUCAGUGACUUACAACUUUGUGGACUACUUCUUUGAUGACCAAGACAUCAGUGUGUUCGAUGUAUCUUCUUGUUACUCGACGGCAGCAAAUCUUCAAUUUCAAGUCAGAAUACCAGGUGUCUUUUAUAAGACAGACGAGAACCUGAUGAAGAUAACUGCACAAAGGACAUUGGCAGAGAAACUGGGAGUUUCUUAUAUUCGCGUGCAAGAUAUUAGGAUUGAUUACGACAAUUCUAAUGUAUACAUAUCUGCAACGGUGUUGGACAGGGCCCCCGCGGCAGCCCAGUUUACAUACAUACCAGGAAAACAACAGAGUACUGCUGGAGACAUUCUGUACGAUAAUGUUGCCAGUCCUCAGGACUGUGCAAAAUACUGUGUAAACAAUUACGGAUUCACGUGCAACAGCUUUGAUUUUUGUCCUGUCGGUAACAGAAAUUGUCGACUUAACAGAAACCACAAGGACGACGGCGCAAUACUGUCAACCAGCCCGUGUGAUCAUUUCUCAAGAAAUAUCAAUGGACCUCUUGUCCAAGAAAUUCCUGUAGACGAGGCCUACGAUAAACUGAAAACAGCUGUCUAUCAGAAACAAUUGAGGUUACAAAUAUUUGGGCAACAGAAUUUUGACUCGUAUGCUGUGGAUGUUCGAAUUUUGUUUGGUUGGAUGGAAAAUGUGUCUUUACCUUCUAUAACCGGACAAUUUUCCUAUGGACUGGAAAUAGUUGACCCUGCAUCACAAAGUGUUACAUCUGCAAAUGUUUGGUACGAUGCGACUUAUGGGUUGGUCAGAUUCGAUAUGACGAAUACGAUUUCUUCUCCACCAUUUUACACCACAAAUCCACUGACCACCAUAGAAGAUUUCAACACAGGUAUAUCAUACACCAUAGAUCGAACUCUCGGAAACUGCUCAGUGAAUUCUAUACAACUUGGAAGCUUCGGGACUACGCAAGACAAGGAUGCGCUAAUGAAAAAUGGAGCUUAUGUUUUAAAAUUGAAGGGCCCGUUGGACAUAUUUUCCAUGAACGAAUCCUAUCGCUGGGCUGGUCAGAGAACAGUGCGUGGGAUGCUUUGUGAUGUCUUUGAAGCGAAAACAACAAGUUUUAAAAUACCGUCCAUUACUCAAACUUUUACAAGCAUUCUUCAGUUCUUCUUCAUGACAGACAGCUGGACAGAAGCAUCCGAUACAGACCCCGAUUCUGUAAAUUCACAACCGGUCAAACUGACCAUUUCCUCUUCAGAGGUGGGACUGUUUUUGACGUACAACUUCUACAACUUUAAUGAAGAAGACCCAGAUUUGAAAAAUUUUGAUAUCACGUCAUGUUUUACUGCAGACAAGCAAGAGAAUUUUGCCGUAGUGUUCGAUGGUAGUUAUCAUCCAUAUUUAGAGACCAAUCUGAAAUACUUUGAGAAAGCAGUCCGAAUCAUGAUGGCGGAAUCAUCUAAAGCCUCACCCCUGCGAUUCCAGAAUCUAGAGGUUUCGUACGAUAGCAAGUCGCCAUACAUAUUCCUUAUAGGGACAAUGGUUGAUCCAGCUCCAAGUCUUGAUGAUUUCACACUAACAAACAAAGGCAUGAAUCCCCCGAACAGCACCCCUUCAUUUUCAAAGAUUACGUCAGCAUCAGACUGCGCCAGCAUAUGUCGUCAAUAUAAGAAAUUCGACUGCGAAGGAUUGUAUUACUGCGCAUCCGGCUCGGUCUGUGUUCUGAGUCAGUCCCAUGCCGAUUCUGGAUCGUCAUUCAACUCGACUUUGUCCUGCGACCAUUAUUCAAGAACCGUGAAUUCAAGUAUCGCAGUACAACCUACCAUCGACGUCGCGUUGUCGAAAAUUUCAAAUUCAAUAUACGAGGGAAUAUACCAAAUACCUGUAAAUUAUGGAUCAUCCGUAUAUACAUUCAAUGCAACAACGAUCAGAACUAGUAUUUUAAGGAACGGGAGGCCAGACGAGUCAAAUUUACUACUAAGACAUUUCAACAUAUAUAGAAAAUACUUUAUUUUCACAAAAAUGGACAAUGCGAUUGGUGGACUAUCAGUGGAAGAUUGCGCGCGACGUUGUGUGUCGAAUAUGGAGUACGAGUGUCUUUCUUUUAGUUACUGUUUUGAUCUUGGGGAUUGUUUUCUUAGUCAUGUUCAUGCUGAUAACUCCUCCGGUAUAGUUCAACGUCAGGAAUACUGCGACUUGUACUCACGUUACUUCCUGGAUCAGUACACCGUGUCAUCUGGAGUGACGUAUUCAGUGGCUGCAGAUGCAACGAUACACAACGUGCCUUCAGCGAACUUAUGUGCAAAACAGUGUUCUCAGUACACAAAGUUUUCUUGCAAAUCAUUCGAAUACUGCUCAAGUACCAAGAAUUGUCUUCUGUUGAAGGUUCACGAACUAGAUAUUGCGGCCAGUUCCGCUUCUCCAAGUUUAACGUGUUCCUUCUACUCAAGAAAUUACAUUCAUGAUUUCAAAUUAUUGCAAAGAAAGACAAUGACAUUUUCCGAUAUUUUGGAGUUUUCAAAUGUAUCGAGUUCCCAGUGUGCCAAAUUAUGUAUCGAACAAGAAGGGGCUACCUGCAAAAGUUUUGCCUUCUGUAAUACGACGUCAUUAUGCAGAUUAACGUCAUCUCAUCCACGACAAGCCGGCAAUGUAGUUUCUCAGAGUGACACUUGUGACCUGUAUUCAAGACGCUUCUACCGACCUUCAUCUGCGUCUGGUAUCAACAAAGCUCAAACAUCCAGUGGAGGCCAAUCUAACGGUUACAGUCCAGGUUCUAUGGCGGCUGUGGGCAUCUGCCUUUUCAUUGUUGGAUUGGCGAUGGGUGCAGCAGGAAUCUAUGUGUAUAUUAAUAAGAAAUUGACAUACAAUCCAGGCGACAGGAUUGAUCUGGUAGAACAGUAUGGAGAAAAUCCAAACUACAGUGAUGUUUCAGAAACAACAAAUGAAAAUAUCCCUGAUUCAGAAUCUUCAGGUCAACCUUAGUACAACAUUAGCCAGACAUUGUACAUUUUCCCCAUAAAAUAUAUUUACAUGAUAUAUGUAUUUUCCUUUUUGUUUUCUUAAUACACCCUGCUUUUCAUUUUAAUUGCAUUUAUACUUCAAGGAUGUUUUUCCACUGUAAAAUGGCUGAAAUAUUGCCACAACGGCGUAAAACCACAAACAAUCGAGAAUGUUUUUAUUUUCAUUUUUAAGUUUUACAAUGUGACAAGAGCUAUAUUUCUAAUAGUGUGUUCUGUUUUGUGAAAAAGUGGAGCUUGUGUGACUCUUUGAUUUUUUUUCCUGUACAUUUUGGUCUGACUGUUUGUCCGCAAAAACUUUAACCAUGGCCAUAACUUUUAAAUUGGUGGUAAUGAGGCUUUCAUAUUUAAGAUGUGCAUUUCAUUUGACAUGGCCUUUCAUUUGGUAUCAAAAUCUCGGAGUUUGGAAUACUUAAAGGACACAACGCAUGUUUCUAAACUUUUUCAUUUUUUCAGCAAAAUUAACUCUUUUUAUGCCUAAAACUACUUUAAAUGUGUUUUAAAUGAAAUAUUUUGCGUAGUUUUCGAGUUUGAAAGCGAUGAAAUUCAAAUCUUGCGAUAUGCAUAUUUUCUUUCGCUAGUUUACGCGCCAUUUUGUGUGACGUCAUAUGCGCCCUCGGGUUUGAAAACAUCUAUUAGCCAUUUCAUAAACAGAUUAGAAUUAAUCGACAAAAAAACCAAUUGUCACGUUAACGGCUUGUAAAUAAUAAUGCAUUUAAAAGAUGUUUUGUGCCGUGCUCGGGUGUACUAGUUGUCGGUAGAAAGGAUUUAGACUGAGUAUUUUUCAAUUUUUCGAAGGAAGGUACGAGAAAAAAGACGUGGAUAAUUUUUUUGUUGGAGCAAGAACUUUACCUUAAAAAAAAAACCACCCAGUCACCUUUUCAAACAUCGCUUGGACAGAGACCCUGAUAAACUGCGAGAAAAUGGAUAUAUCGAAGCUAUAAGCACUGGUAGGCCUAUAGCAUACAUUCUGUUUUGCUCUUCAAAUUCAAUACACACUCGGAUCAACUGACCUUCACCUUGUAACAACAUUAUUAUAUCGACGAUACAAUGUAACUUCUACCAACUGGUAGAUUUACAACAACAAAAAAUAAAGAUACAAAAUAAUUGAACUGUAAAUUAUACAAAUAAUAGAAUAUUGUAUUUCCUAACUUUAAAUUGAAUUAUAAAAUUAUUUCUUUAUUGAACUCGUAGCAUCUUGAGUGCGUCAGUAGGCUAUAACGCCGUGCUCCCACUACGUACUUCCUAAAGACGUGCAGAUCACAAUUCAAAAAUAGUAAUAAGAUUGCUUUAUCAAAAUAAAAUAAUGUGAUUACCACUUUAAAUUUGAAUAUUUUUAUUGAUUUGUGUGUGUGUUGUCUUUUUCUUUCUUUCCGAAAUGCACGCGUGACAAUAGCUUGGCAUAGGGCCUAGUUGUCAACAAUUUAACGUAUCAAAAUUUGUCUAAUCCAAAAAUAAAUAAUGAUUGCACUGUUUAUUUUAGAAAAACAGCACCAAUUACAGAUGUAUAAAGGAAUAACAUCCCCAAACAGUUUGUAGACAGCGACCCAUAUAAACAUUAUUUACUCACAAUUUUGUCGAUUUCAUACACGCUUUACUCGCUAUAUUUGGGUAUUUACAUCGUUAUAUGUGUGCACUGGUGGCGAACACAUAUAAAACUCGGACAAUUUAUCAACAUCGAUUUAAAUGUUGCCCAUGGUAAAUUAAUUAGGCCCCUAAAAGUAGAGUUUUUAAUAAUAUCUCGCAGUACUUUCACAAUCCGAAGGGCGCAUAUGACGUCACUGUACCACGUGACUACCUACCUAAUUAACUUGACUUUUUGAAAUCGGGGCUUAGAUUUAAGUCUGUAUUGUGGUUAAUUAUCGCAAAAUUUCGGCGAACGAACUAUUAGAAUUAAUUACUAUAAGCAUAAAGAAGACAAAAUGCAUGUAAUAUUGUAUACUUUGAAAACAUGAGAUAUGUCCUUUAAGAAAACAGUAAACCUAGGCCUUAACUUUUGAAAGGUUAAUGAUAGGGCUUUCUUCUUUCAUAUGUGUUCAAAUAAAAACGAAACAAUGUCAAAUAUCUAAGGGAUAAAGUCCUAACCUCAAUAUUUUAAAUGUUAUGGGGUGGGUGGGUUGAUCAUUCAGUAUAAUAGUUCAUUACAACUACUAUUUUACAAGAGAGACGGAGAAGGGGGGGGGGGGGGGGUACCAGCCAAUAAAUCGGACUUUACAUGUAGAAAUAACGGACUUUCCAUAUAAGAAUAACGGAAAAUAUAAAUUGUUUGAAAGGGGGACCGGCCAAUAGGUUGAACUUUACGUGUAAAAACAAUUGACUUUGCAGGUAAAUAUCACGAAAAUGUACAUUGUCCAAAAACGUUGGAGGGAGAUAAUGGGUGUAACAUGUUUGAAUCUGAAUCUAUAUUACCUACAUAAUGUGAUUGCUGAAAUGUAUAAUUAAAAAAAAAAAUCAGUAUGUUAAAUACUGAUUCUGUACAAUA